UAAGAUGGACUCCAUCCGCGAUCCGAUUUUCUUAAAAAAUUAAGGCAAAUUUCGUGUAAAUAAUACUAUAGAAUACAUCUAGUCUUUAGUUAAUUAAGUGUUGCAACAAAAUUCAGUAAAAAUUGAGUGUGUACCGGAUAGUUGAUUGCUGAAAAGUUGAAAUUAAAAAAUCGGCAUUUUUUCCAAUUCCUUACACACAUACACACACACACGCAUACAGGCAUCAAUGAAAAGUACAUACAAUUGUAAUAAAAUAUAAAACGAAUCGAAAAGAAAUAUUUCAAAAUGUCGCAAAAAUGAAUUAAAAAAAAAAUCGAUUGCAACACUUUUAAUUAAUGAACGCUUAAUGAAACUCUUGAACGAUGAAGAAGAACUAAAGACGCAAGUAACCAAGAGCAAGUGAAAAUUAACGAAAAAUCUGUGAAAAAAGAUUAGAUUCAAGUACACGACAAAGAGAAAAAGAAAAAUAUCAAAAAAAAUUUUUUGUGAUAUCCCAUAAAUGGAUGGAAAUGCACAGAAUAUGUAUCAUGGACAAGGAGGACAUCAAGGGGAUCCAUAUUACAGAUAUGAUCCGACAGCGCCACGGGGAAUGGGCCCACCACCCGGAGCUCCGUACGGCGCUGCAGCAAAUGUCAGACACAGGGCACCGCAUCCAUUGCAGCAGCAGCAACAACAAACGCAGUAUCCGGGAUAUCAACCGUCGCCAGCCGACAAUAUGUACGGCAUGGGCGAUCCAAAUGCCAGUUUGAGUGCGUUGGGAGACCUGAGCGGCGGAUGGGGAGCACAAACGGCGCCUCAAGCAAACCCCUAUGGUACGCCAAUGGGUUAUGGGCAUCCACAAACGUCGCAGCAAACGCAACGACAGCCCGUGCAGGGACAAGCUGGAUAUCGACAACAUAUGGCUGGAUAUCCGCAGCAAGAUCCUAAAAUGGCGUAUAAUCAACAAAGUAUGAUGGGCGGCAUGAUGCCUCAGCAAACGUAUCAAACGUUAGGACAAACACAGAGUCAACCAGCGCAAUCGCAGCAACAAACGCAGCAGCAGCAACGCGUUCCGCAGCAUUACGGACAAGCUCCGGGUCAUAUGUAUCCUACAGGACCUCAAGCGCAAUCCGCCGCAAGCCAACAAUACGGUUACGGACCCAUGAGUCAAGUUUCCGCGCGAUCUGCUCACGUUGGCUACGGACAUGCGCAACUCGAUCAAAGCGGAUACAAUCAGCAUUUGGCGAGUCAACCUCCGCCGGGACAUCAUCAACAACAAACUCCCGGACAAAUUCCCCCGCAUCCCGGACAACAAAGUCAUUUGGCACAAACAUCUGCGCAUCACGCAAUUCCCGGGCAACCGCCGACGACGCCGCAAAUGUAUUCCGCGCAACAGUCUCACAUGACGAAUAUGCAGCAAAGUAGCGUUCCGGGACAGCAACAACAAACGACGCCGUCAGCUCAAUCGCAUCCUGGCAUGCCUUUGGGUCCUCAAAGUCAACAAAAUCCUGGGCAACAACAAACACAGCACCAAAACGCAAACAGUCAUCAAAUGACUCCGUUGGGACAUCAAAUGUCUUGGCAAACGGCAGGUCCAGGAGCGCCGCAGCAACAAUCGUAUGUGCCAAAUGCGAAACCACAAGCUGCUCCCACGCAUGGCAACAGUCCGCAAUAUCGCACGGCAUAUCCGCAACUUUCGCCGCAAAUGUCGCCGCGACAAACGACGCAAAUGUCGUCGCCGCAUCCGCAAAUGUCGCCUCGUCCCAUAAUGUCUCCCGCAAAACCUCCGACGAGUUCGCAAGCUCCUCAAUCGCAGCAAUCGUCGAUUUCGAGCCCGAGACCUGCUCCAAUGACGAAAGCCCAGCAACAAUCGCAGCAACCCGGAUCAGCGCCUGUGAACACUUUACAAGCUUUAGAACAACUUGUCGGUCCGACAAAUCCGAAUACGGGAAUGCCAAUGGAAUAUUCGCAGCCCGCAGGAGCUUAUCGCCCUCCAUCUGCGGUUCCUUCGCAUAUGACGUCACACGGAAAUCCAAUGUCUCCCGUUAUGGGACCUCGAAUGCCCAUGUCUCCGCAGCAUCAACCAUGGCGUCAAACUCCCCAGCAAGCGAAUUCGCCCUUGAAUGGCAGUAGUCAUCUCGGAAUGCCACCACAUUCUGCGCAAAUGACACAGCAAAUGAAUCCGCAGCAACAAUCUUUACCUCCCGUAAGCGAAAUGAUGGCAGCUCAAUCGCAGGCAUUGCCUCCCAUCAGUACCGUUGGCAGUCAAAUGCAAUCGACAAACUACAAUAUGGAGCCUUUGAAGCAAAUUGGGAUGAAUAUGCCGGGCACAAUGGGCAGCGCAUCGAGUGCGAUGUCAUCUGAUCCGUUAGCGAUGCAAUCGAAUUCGGGCAUUAUGACGCCAAUGACGUCGCAAUCGCAACAAAUUUUGCCUCCCAUUUCGAAUAAUGUGAUACCUCCUCCGCAAAACCAACAACAACAACACUCGACUCCUUCGAUAAUCUCAUCUCAUCAAACUCCAUCUUCGGUUCCGUCGUCGUUGCAACAUUCAACUCCAAUAGUUUCAAAUAAUUCAAAGAGUACUGAUAGUAAUACAAGUAGUAAUAAGAAUCAAAUGUCUGUGUUGGAUACUCAAUUGCAGCAAAUUGAACAACAGCCUUCCUUACAACAACAACAACAGCAGCAAACACCGCAAAACGUCGCGUCAGAUGCGAAUUCGGAUAACGCUUCGAGUCUCCUGGAUCCCUUCAUGACGGGCAACAAUGAAGACACGACAUUGCCUUCGAUGAACACGUCGACGCCCCUUAACGAGUCGAUGGCGCAAGACGAUUUGGCGAAAGACGACACAAACAUGGAAAGUAUUUCACACAGUAAUAACGAUGGCAGUUCCGGAAAUCAGUCGGCGUCGGAGAAUCAACUUCAGCUGACGGCAGAUAAUGUAAAUAGUGAUACAAGCCAAACUAGUUUAAGUGAUGCGGCAGCUACACAAGCGCCAAGUAGUGAACCUAAGACAACAGAUAGUAGUUUAGACAAUGAUAACCGACUCGACUUGGAUCAAAGUGAAUUACCUCCACAGAAUCAGACAAUGAUCGAAGAAAACAGUUCCUUAAACAUUCCGACAGAAUGUGAAAAAUCCGGUGCUGAAUCGCGUGACGACAGCGAGAAAAAAGCAUCCGAGAGUGCGACUGUUGACACAACCGACAACAAAAUCGUUGCCGAUACAACGCAAUCUCCCGCCACGCAACAACAACAAACAUCCGUCGUGAAUCCGCCGCCAACGGCAACGCUCUAUUCCCAAAUGCACUAUCAGCAAACGCCAAUUUCGCAUGAUCAGGAACGCGCCGCGUUACAACAGCAAAUCCAAGAGAUGUUUUGCAUGGCGCAAUCUCAGGAAGUGCAGGACAAAACGAAGCUCUUGCAGGAACGUUUGAACCUUUUGCAGCAGCACGAAACGAACGAUCAGUGCAACGGAGGUCCGCAAUGCAUUUUGCAAACGCCUUUGUUCACAAACACGAUGAUCGACAGUCCGCAAGUGAGCAGCACAACGGGACGCGGAAGAGCAAAAAGCACAAAACCACGCAAACCUCGUGUGAAAAAAGCCGACAAAUUGGCAGCUGCAGCUUCGGGCGAAGAUCUUGCAAGUGAUCAAAACGAAUCACUGACGACAUCAACUGUGCUUCCAAGUACGUUACCCGUUUCGGAGGAUUCAGUAACGGCGGGAACGGGCCUUUCGGGCGAUCAAAUUGAUCCGUCGUUGGAUACGACGCAAGAGGGCGCCACAGAUCUCGAUACGUCGACAGAUCCGAGCGGCAAAAAAAUCAAAAAGCCCCGCAAACCGAAAGCUGCGAAGGAAGAACGCCCCAUGAAGGAACGCAAAAAGAAGGAAGAUGGCGCCGCACCGAAAAAACCACGAAAAAGCAAAAAGAUGCAAAGUUCCGACAACUCGUUGGACAACAUAACGCAAGAAAAUCAGGAUACGGCACUGUCAAAAUCGAGUCACGACGAGAAUCAAUCGCUUGCGUCGUUGAUGCACAAUCAAAACUCGUCAGAUGCGAAUGCGGCGCCAAGUAGUGAAAUCGCGCCGAGUGAAGUAACCGACUUUGACGAUAUUCCCGUGUCGAAAAUAUCGAAAGAUAUGUUGAAUGAGACUGAUAACUUAGAUGAAAGCAAACGGAGCAUGGAUGGCAGUGAAAAUCUCGAAAGUACAGAUGUCGAAAAUUCGGGCGGAACAACGCCAAAUCGCAAACGUCGUCCCUACAGGAAAUGCCCCGAGGGUUCAGAUCGUCGUCGACGCGCUUUUCGUGGCAGAGGAAAAGGACGAGCUCCCGCAAAGCCUCGUCGCGGAAGAAUUCAAAUCACAGUCGACUCGGAUCAAGAUGAUGAACUUGUUGCGACGCCUCCGCAAUCGCCCGAACAACCCGAAGGCGAAAUUGACAGCUCGAAACGACGUUCAGCACGAAAUACUGCUCGCAAAAAGUACACAGAUGACAUCAUGUUGCGUUUUUCCGACGACGAAUCAGGCAUUGUAUCACCUUCGCCGUCAUCACGAAAGCAAAAGAAGGAAUCAACAUCGACAGAUGUCACGAAAGAAGCCACAGAAGGUACCGAAGAGACAGGAGAAGGCGUUACAACGACAGAAAAUCAAAGCACUGCCGAACAAGAUCAAUCUAUGGAAGUGGAAAAAGCGCUUCCGCAAGACGAUGGCAUCGGAAAACCCAAUUAUGUGUACAUUAACACGUCAGAUGAAGACAAUAUGGUUGUCCAAUAUGUGCUUGCACAACGAAUUGGCAAACGAGAACUCAAACCAGACCCUCCGAAGGAAGUUACGCCGCCUGCGGUAACUGUCAAAGAGGAAAAACCCGAAACGGAGGAAGUUAAAAAAGAGACUGACGACAAAACUGACGAAGAAAAGGUCAAAACUGAAGAAAAAGAGGGCACAGAAGAAGUUAAAACUGAGGAAAAGAUGGAAACAGACGACGUUAAAGCUGAAUCUGAGCCAAAAACGGAAGAUGCAAAGACAGAAGUCAAAGAAGAAGCCGAAAAAAUGGAUACAGAAGAAAAAGUUGAAGAAGAAAAACCCGAAGAAGAGAAAAAAUCUGAAGAAAAAACUUCUGAAACUGAAAAGAAACCCGAAGAAACGACAAAAACUGAAGAAUCCGCAGAAAAAAUGGAAACCGACGAAAAACCUGAAGCCGAAAAAUCCGACGAAAAGCCCAAAGACGAGGAGAAAAAGGAAGAAAAAGAAUCCGGCGACGACGAAAAAGAAGACGAGAACAAACCUGAACCCGUUUUCGUCGAAGUCGAAGAAUUCCUCGUGAAAUAUCGCAAUUUUUCGUAUUUACACUGCGAAUGGCGCACCGAAGAAGAGUUACUUAAGGGCGACAAACGUGUUUCCAACAAAAUUCGUCGUUUCCAGCAGAAACAAGCGCAUCAACUGAACAUUUUCGACAGCAUCGAAGAAGAUCAUUUCAACCCGGACUUCAUUGAGGUCGAUCGUGUGCUCGAUAUGUCCGAACAUACAGAUGACGAUGGCAACACAGUCAAACAUUAUCUGGUAAAAUGGAAGUCGCUUCCGUACGAAGACAGCACAUGGGAGUUGGAAGAAGAUGUUGACGAGAUAAAGAUCCAACAAUAUCAUAAAUUCAAUAAAAUCCCGCCGCGCAGCGAAUGGCGCCCCAAAAAACGCCCUCAUCCCGAUCAAUGGAAGAAAUUGGAAAAGACUCCAAUUUACAAGGGAGGAAAUUCGCUUCGUCCGUACCAACUUGAGGGUCUUAAUUGGUUGAAAUUCUCGUGGUAUAAGGGCAACAAUUGUAUCCUUGCCGACGAAAUGGGUCUCGGAAAGACAAUUCAAUCGUUGACUUUCGUACAUUCCGUUUGGGAAUACGGAAUUCGAGGUCCUUUCCUCGUAAUUGCUCCUCUUUCGACAAUUCCCAAUUGGCAACGUGAAUUCGAGGGAUGGACUGACAUGAAUAUCGUCGUUUAUCACGGAUCUGCCAUGUCACGACAGAUGUUGAACGACUACGAGUUGUACUUUAAAACCGAAAGCGGCAAACAAAUCAAGGAAAUUACGAAAUUUAACGUACUCAUUACGACUUUCGAGAUGAUAGUGACAGAUUACAUGGACCUGAACAAGUUUAAUUGGCGCGUUUGUGUCAUUGACGAGGCGCAUCGCUUGAAAAAUCGCAAUUGCAAACUUUUGGAGGGUUUGAGGCAAUUAAAUUUGGAGCAUCGAGUCUUGUUGUCAGGUACUCCGUUGCAAAAUAACGUCAGUGAAUUAUUUUCUUUGUUGAAUUUCCUCGAACCAAGCCAAUUUUCGAGUUCGGAAGAUUUUAUCAGAGAUUUUGGAAGUCUUCGAACCGAAGAUGAAGUCACCAAAUUACAAGCUUUGCUGAAACCGAUGAUGUUGCGUCGUUUAAAAGACGAUGUCGAAAAAUCCUUGGCUCCGAAGGAAGAAACUAUCGUCGAAGUUGAACUCACGAACAUCCAAAAGAAGUAUUAUCGCGGCAUAAUGGAGCAAAAUUUCUCAUUUUUGCAAAAGGGAACAACAGCAGCCAAUAUUCCGAAUUUAAUGAAUACCAUGAUGGAGUUACGGAAGUGUUGUAUCCAUCCUUACUUGCUAAAUGGCGCUGAAGAGCAGAUCCAAUUCGAUUAUCGCUUGACAAAUGGCGAAGAUCAAGAAGCUUAUUACAAAAAUCUCAUCGCGUCAUCCGGUAAAAUGGUCUUAAUCGACAAACUGCUGCCCAAAUUGAAGGAUGGCGGGCAUCGUGUCUUGAUUUUCAGUCAAAUGGUGCGUUGUUUGGACAUCCUCGAAGACUAUUUGAUCUACCGGAAGUACCCUUAUGAGCGUAUCGAUGGUCGAAUUCGCGGAAAUUUACGUCAAGCUGCGAUCGAUCGUUAUUCCAAGCCCGAUUCUGAUCGAUUUGUCUUCCUGCUUUGCACAAAAGCGGGCGGUUUGGGUAUCAAUUUGACAGCUGCUGAUACCGUCAUCAUCUACGACAGCGAUUGGAAUCCGCAGAACGAUUUGCAAGCACAAGCCCGUUGUCAUCGUAUCGGACAGAAGAAAAUGGUAAAAAUUUAUCGUUUAUUAUGCCGAAACACGUACGAGCGCGAAAUGUUUGACAAAGCCUCCUUAAAAUUGGGGCUCGAUAAGGCAAUUUUGCAAAGUAUGAACACUCAGGGCAAAGAUGGCGCCGGAAAUAAGCAACUCAGCAAGAAGGAAAUUGAAGAUUUGCUUAAAAAAGGCGCUUAUGGCGCUGUUAUGGAUGACGACAAUGCCGCCGAUAAGUUUUGUGAAGAAGAUAUUGACUCAAUUCUCAAGCGACGAACACAAGUUAUCACAAUUGAAUCGGAAAAAGGAUCAACUUUCUCCAAAGCAUCGUUUGCAUCGCAAAAUAAUCGAUCAGAUAUCGACGUUGAUGAUCCAGAUUUCUGGGCGAAAUGGGCUAAAAAGGCAGAAAUUGAUCCAAAUGCAUGCGAAAAAGAUGAAACUGAAGAUUUGAUUCUCGCUGAACCCCGACGACGUACGCAAAUUAAGCGAUAUGGGCAGGAAGAUGCAAUUGAAUUGUCUGAAGAUUCGUCGGCGCCUGCUGAAAGUGAUGAGGAAGGUUUGGGAUUGGGACUUAGAAGUAGCAGACGACGUGCUCGUGAGAAGAAAAAGAUGAUGAAACAGCUGGGAGAUGAUUAUAUCCCGAGAGAUCGUGAUACAUUAGCAGCUUUGGGCUUCGACGAAGUUACUUACGGAUCAUGGGCACGCUCAGAAUGCUUCAAAGUCGAAAAAGGACUUUUGUCGUUUGGAUGGGGACGAUGGGCUGAAGUGCAAGAACAAGGACAAUUCAAGCGUGGUUGGAGUAGUCAAGAUCUCGAAGACUGUGCAAGAAUUAUCCUUCUUUACUGUUUGAUGAAAUAUCAAGGCGAUGAAAAGAUUAAAGCCUUCAUUUGGGAGCUCAUUGCACCGACAAAAGAAGGCGAAGAGCAAAAUAUCAGCAGAAGUCACAGUGGCUUGCAUAAUCUUGUUCCGCGAGGUCGUAAUGCGAAAGGUAAAUAAAUGCGUUUUUUCCUGAAAAAUUUUCAAAUUUGUGAUUUUUCAUGUUUUUUCGUUUCUCAAGCAGGUCGUAAAGGAAAAGGCGGAGAAGAUUCCCCAAAACCAGACAAACGUAGUUCAUCUAGUUUGGGACAUACAAAAGACGGUGAAUUUAAUUUUGAUGAUAAUCAUUGGAGUAAGGAUGAGAAAUACGAUGCUGAGGCAUUCCUUGAACCGCCUUACAAGAAACAUUUGACGCGACAUGCUAACAAAGUUUUACUUCGUGUAAGAAUGUUGUACUACAUCAAACAUGAAGUCAUUGGAGACUGUGUUCAGCAAAUUCAUGAUGGCAUCCAUCAUAGUGAAAUUCCCAUUCAUCCUCCGCCAACGAACGAUCAAACGCCCGUAUCUUGGUGGAAUCCGCGUUGCUGCGAUCGCAGUUUGUUAAUUGGAACAUACAAGCAUGGAUGCGAAAACUAUCGAGCAAUUCGUGCUGAUCCAAAAUUAUGUUUUGCUACUCAUUGCGGCGCCGGAGAAGGCAUUGAAGAGACUGCCCCGAUCAAAGAAGGCGAGGAAGAUGGAAACUCCAAACAAGGCGACGACGAAAACGAAGAUGAAAAUCCCUCAGAAGCUGCGAGAUCAUCUUCUGUUACUUCCAAAGAGAAUAACGAAACGGAAUGCCCAAGUUCUUCAGGUCUUGAUGAUGAAACAGGCGAGCCUAUAGUGCAAAUGCCGGGACAACAACAAGAUGAUUCGGCGAUGUGGCCCUCGAUGCAAGAUCUAAAUACCCGACUUCGUCGCGUGAUAACCGCCUAUCAGCGAAAUUACAAGAAGGAAGAGCUAAAACAACAACAAAAAGCGAAGAAAAUGGAACGACGCGAGAAAAUCGAACAAGUUGUGCGUGAACGAGAACGCGGAAGAUUCGAACAAAUUCACAAGAAAUGGACUCGUCGUGAGGAAAAUGAAUUUUUGCGUGUUUUGACGGGAUAUGGCAUUGAUUUGAUUCCCAAUACGCCCGUUCCGACUCCUGAUUGGUCGAGGUUCAAAGCCUUUGCGAAAUUAGACAAAAAGUCAGAUGAAACCCUCUCGGAUUACUACAAAGUCUUCAUUGCGAUGUGCAAACGUCAAGCAGGCGUCAAACUCUUGGAGGAAGAACGCAAUCUCGAAGGAUACAUCGACGAAAUUAGCGAAGAUCAUGCAAAACUUGUGCUGGAUCGUCUCGAUUUACUCUCAAAAUUGCGUGAAAUCGCUCGACAUCCAAAACUCGAAGAACGCAUCAAACUUUGCGAAAAUAAUUUAGACACUCCCGAUUGGUGGGAACCCGGAAAGCAUGAUCGUGAACUAAUUCGUGCUGUUUUGAAGCACGGUUUGUACAGAUCCGAUCAAUUUAUCCUCAACGAUACGGAAUUCCCAUUCUUUGAAGCUGAAAAACGCUAUUUGCGCGAAUUGGAAUCGCAUAUUCAGAAAAUGAUCAAGGCAGAACGCGAAGAAAAGGAAGCUGCUUUGAAGAAGGAGAUGAAAGAGGAGCAAGAACGCAUUGAAAAAGCGAAAAAACUCGAAGAAGAGAAAAAAUUAAAGGAGGAAGCGGAAAAAGUUGAAGAGAAAACCGAAGAAAAAGAAGUUUCUGAGGACAAGGAGAAGGAAAAAACUGAAGAAGCAACAACUGAAGAAGAAAAAUCCGCUGAAAAAGUCGAAGAAAAAGCUGAAACAGAAGAAAAAUCAACAGAAGAAGCCUCGGAAACGAAAAAAGUUGAAGAAAAAGAGGAAAAAAUGGAAGUUGAUGAGACUUCUGAAAAAGCAUCUGAAGCUGUUGAAGACAAAAAACCCGAAAACGAAUCAAAACCCGAAUCUGAAGUUCCUGAAAAAAUGGAAACUGACGAAAAAACUGAAAAAGAAGAAGAAAAAGCGACAAAAGAUGAUGAGAAAGAAGAAGUUUCAACAGAGGAAAAGCCCAAAUCUGAAGAGACUGAAGCUGAAAAAGAUGCCGAAAAGGUUGAAGAAGCCAAAACUGAAGUUGCUGAAGAGAAAACUUCCGAAGAAAAACCCGUUGAAGAGUCUCCCAAAAAAGAUGUUGAACCAAAAACUGAAGAAACUGAGGCAAUGGAGACUUCUGUGACAAAAGAAGAGCCUGUCAAAGAAGAAGUUGAAGAAACUCCCGUUGCCGAAGUCAAAGUUAAAGACGAAAAACCCGUCAAACCUGCUGAAACUGAGUCCCUUAAAGAAGCUGUCGAACUCAAAUCACGUUAUCCUGACUUGGAAGUGUUCCAGCCUUUGUUGAAACUCAAGCAACUCGAUUCGUAUCUCUCCGAUUCGAAAGGUUCGAUGAAAGCUUUCUCGAAUUUGCUCGAUACGACAAUGGUUGUCAAAUGGUUCCGUGAUUUCGCGUUGGAAAAGCGUAUUGGACACAUUGUUUAUUGCAUCGACAACAACGAAUGGCCCGUCGGAAAGUCCUAUUCCGCGUAUACGGGAUGUCUCGGUAUCGAUCUUGACGCUCCGUUGUACGAAACAAUCAAACGGAUCAUUCCUGUCGAUGAUAAUCGUCGUUCGGCAGCAAGUACUCCCGAUAUUAUCACAAUUACAACUGAUAAAAACAUCACGCAACAACUUACGGAAGCUGCGGCGCUUCGUUCGUCAGCUUUGAGCACACAAGCGUUGAACCAAAGCAUGGCAGCAGUUGCUGCGGCAAAUUCUGGAGGCAGAGGCAAAGGCAAGAAACGUCAUAUUGCCAUCGAUGUUGAAACAGAACGCGCGAAAUUGCAUGCUUUGUUGAACAAUACGGGCGCGCAACAAGAUUUCAAGGCGCCGAAACGGAAUAUGAGCAAACAGAGUCAAGCUGAGCUGUUGCUGAGUCAAAAGGCGUUAUGGGAACAAGCUGAACAAGAGCUUAAUGCGAUGGAUAUGCGUAAUACGAGAUCGUCUCGGGGAUCGUCACAAAGCACACAACCUCCGCCAGCACAUCAACAUGGCUCGUCGAGGUCGAAUGUGACGAGUUACAAUAAGAGCACUGUGAUUCCGGGUACUUCGAGUACAUUGACUCCCAUUGAUUUGUCUUCAAGCUUACCGAAAAUGAAUAUUGCUGACAUGUUGAAGAAUCCAUUGGAUUUGAGUGAAGUACAAGACUUCUCGAAACCCAAAAAUUACUCAAGCGGAGGAUCAGCUUCUCAAGGCAAGAGUAAAUUGAAUGACAUGUUGUCGAAAUUGAUGAAAAAGAACAAUGUGCCCGUUGAAGAGCCUCCAGUGACUGUCGAAAAGAAACGUCGCAAGUUAGAUGAAAUCGUUUUAGGCUUGGCAACAUCCAAAAACGAGCAAAAAUCAAUCUUUGACGCUCCUUCGAUCUCAUCUCUCACAUCUGGCAAGAAAACUCAAAUCACGCCAAGCGUUUCUGUCACGCCAGCAAGUGCUCCAACGUCUCAAUCUCAAAAUAAUCAAAACCAACAAAAGCCAUUUACGAUUACAGUGACUUCCGUACCCGGAAAUUCGAAAAAUCAAGCAUCCGCGUCGUCGUCAUCUUCGUCGUCGCGCAACAAUCCGGGCUUGGAUGUGCUUCAAAGCAUGGCUGGAUUAACGGGAAUGUCCUCGAAAGACGGUUUGAAUGCACUUUUCUUGCAAGCGGCGCAACAAGAGCAACAAGCCUUCUUGAAACAACAACAAAAGAUGAUUCAACAAAUGCCCGCGAACAGUACGCAACGCAAACAAUACGAAGCAAUGUUCGCCGACAUGAAACAAAUGGCAGAAUUGAGUGCAAAACUCGGAUAUUCGCCGCACGAUUCGAAAGUCAACAAAUGGUUGACGGAACAAACGCAACAAUUGGCAAAUCAAGCGUUGGAAUUGGACUAUUUGGCGGGACAAUCGUCGAGAAGUCGUUCUUCGAGAGGUUCUUCGUCGCAAAAUACGGGAAGUUCGUCGCAAGAUCGUUCAAGCAGCAGUUCGAUGCAACAAUCGUCGUCAAGUAGUCGUCAAAGUAGUUCGAGACACUCGAAUGCCGACAUGGGAUCAUCUUCCUCGUCAUCCGGAGUCAACUGGAAGAACUUGACGGGCGAAGAAAAUGUCAAUGUUAUCAAUAAAUUCAACGGAAAACGCUUAACGGGCAGCAAAGCACCGCAAUUGAAACGACUUACCCAAUGGUUGACGGAUAAUCCUGCGUACGAAAUCGAUCCAAAAUGGGCAGAAAGUAUUUCGCUGCCGCCCCCAUCGCCAAUGGCGAAACCUUCUCCCACGGAAACGAGUUCUACGAGUUCGUCAAGCUCGAAACAGCAACAACGCCCGUCAUCUUCAUCAAGUACGGGAGGUCAAUCGUCACGACACGAUCUCUCAUCGCCCUAUGGACAACAAUCGGCGGGACAAUCUUCGUCAUCCGCUUCGGGAAAUAAAAAAUCGAGCAAUAGCAACAACUCUUCAUUGAAUUAUCCGGGCUUGGCAGGCUUAAAUGCGAGUCUUUUGUCGAGCAUUCCCGGUUUAGGAGCAUUUGAUCCAAAGAAUAAUCCGCUCAUGAUGCCUUUUGGAGGCGUCGGAGGCAUGUCAGGCAUGGCAGGUUUGCAAAAUAUGAACAAUAUGAAUUUAUUUGCGAAUCUCGCGGGACUUAGCGGACUUGCGGGAAUGGAUCCUCAGAGUUUGGCGGCAAUGAUGCAAGCAGCAGGCUUCGAUCCAGCAAGUGCUGCGGCUUUAGCAGGCGCAAGUACGCCUCCAAGUAAGGGCAGUUCGUCGGGAUCUUCGUCGCAAAAUCAAAGUAGCAGCAGCGGAAACAGCAAAUCGCGCAAAGAAAGUACGCAACAAUCGUCGAGUUCGUCAAGUUCGUCGUCGAAAGUUCCAACUUCGAGUGCAAGUUCGAUGAAUUCUGCUGCGGCGAAUUCUGCUUUCCCAUUCUUCUUCCCGAAUCCGAGUUUGUUGUAUACGCCGCUCGGAUUGGGAGGCUUGAAUCCGUAUUCGUUGCCCGGAGGAAUGGCAGCUUACGAUCAAUUGGCGCAACAAUGCAAUUUGUUGAAUGGCGCGGGACUUUCAGGAAGUCCAUCUGGAAAAUCGAGUUCCGGAAAACAACAAGGAAGCUCUUCGCAAGGCUCCAGUUCUCGCAAUCAAGGAUCAACCUCAGCAUCUUCGUCUCCCGUAAGCAGCAAAACGCGUUCAAGCAUGAGCAGUUCAACUGCAGCUCGAGAUCAAGCUGCUCGCGAAGCUGCCCAAUUACAACAACUUUUGUUGCCUCACGACACGCAUUUGCUCGAACAACUCAGCAGAACAUCUGGCUUGGAUAUCACGCAAUCGAGUCGCGGAAAUAGCGGAAGUAGCUCAUCUCGUGACAACACGGAGAAACGAAGCAACGCCGCGCAACAAGCCAACAAAGAAGCAAUCGAGAAACUCGAACGAGAACGUCGCAAGUUGAUCGAAAGUUUAACUCGAAGCGGUUUGCCGCCAGAAAUUGCGAUGCAAGCAUUCGGCGCUUCAGGCUUGGGAGGCUCAUCGUCGUCGUCAGGCAGUAAAUCUUCGUCGAUGUCGAGCAAAUCGAAGGAUAUGCAACUCACGGAAUUCGCAUUAUUGCAAGAAAUGGCGAAUCAAGCAGCAGCUGCGGCAGCGCAUCUCACACAAUCGGCGCAACAAUCGUCGUCGAGUGGUUCGAGUUCAGCAGCGACGAAACGUCAACGCGAUCAAGAGAUCAAAGAGGCGUUUGAGCAAUUAAGCAAGAAUCCCGUAGAGUUAUUGGCACGAAGUUUGGGAGUUGGUCCCGGAAUUUCGCUAAUUCCAACGUCUUCGAACACGGGAAGUUCAAGCAGCGGACAACCCGAAGCGAAACGCAUGAGACAAGAUUCGCAUUCGAGCACUUCGUCACGCGCAAGUAUGGAUUCAAAAUCUCUAUCGAUGCUCGUUGAUGAGAUGAAGAGUCCCAGAACUCGCUCUUCGGACACAACUCACGCCAAUAUCGAUAAAAUUACGUUGACGCCAGUGUCUGCGAGUCAAAUUGUUCCUUCGUUGCCGUCGCAAACGACAAUUUCGCUCGCCCCGCCAACAGGAAGCGGCGAAUCGAGUCGCGAAUCGCGAAGACAUCAUGAUCGACAUGAUAGAAGAUCCGACGAGGCAUCAUUAAAUCUUUCCUCCUCACGUUCGGAGAAGCAACGCGAAGAACGGGAGACUCGUAGUACACGUCAUCAUGAAGCAACUAUCGAUUUGUCAUCCGGAUCUUCAAGUCGACACGAAAAGUCGUCACUUUCCAUCGAAGAUCUUUCGGCGAAAACCUCUUCCGAGCCAAUUGACGUCGAUCGACAUGUCCCAUCGUCCCAAUCUGCGGGCGAAAAGCACAGCGGCAACCACGAAAUGGAUCUCGAAGACCUCAUUGCGCCCGUAAAAGUCUCAAAAGAGAGCGGAAAUGUGAUGCCCGACGAACAACAACACGACGACGCAUCCUCACAUCGUGCUGAAGUCUCCGAAGAGGAAACGCCCUCGAAGAAGGAAAGCAAAGACAGCGAUUUGAAUCAAAGUAAAUCUUCGGAUGAGCAACAUCACGAAGACGGAAGUCAAGGAAGUCGCGGAAGAAGAUCGACUCGCGCCAAGAGACAACGCACCGAUGACUUUAGCGACGUCGUGAUUCCCGAAAGGAAACGAGAACUUCGUUCGAGUGCAAGUCGACAAGCAGCUGCUGCCGCAGCCCGUAUGGCAGCUGAAGCAAAAGCAGCUCGUUUAGCGGCUCAGCAACAACAACAGCAGCAACAAGAACAGGAAAGUCUCAACCUGAGUAAAAAUGAUGAAACUGCAAAAUCGACGGGGAACGAUUCGACUUGAUUAAGAUCGAAAAGUAGACGUCGCGUGUAAAAAUUUCAACAAAUAUGACAAAAAUACGCUAAAAUAUUAAAUUUAAGACUAAAGUUAAUACACACACAAGUACAUUUUAUGAAUAAAAAAAAACGUAAGCGUAUAAUCUCAAGUUAAACAAAAAAAAAAUCACUUCUUAGCGACUAAUUAAUUUUUGUAUAGUUGUAUUUAGUAAAGUUAAGCAUUAAAUUCACUUUAUUUUAAAGAAAAUCGACGAUAGUGAUGUGUUUCCAAACACAAAAUAUGGAUAUUGUUGCGUCUGAAAGGCAAAACGCGAACUUUUCGAGUCGCUUCAAAAUUGGUGGAUUUUUAGCGACAAAAGUUCCCUUUUUGCCAUUUCGCCUUGUGUAUUAUUAUUUAUUUUAUAAAAUAUUAAACUGUAUUAAUGAUAAAAACAACAAAAAUAUUCAAAACUAGAAUAGAAUGCACACAAAAAAAAAAUUUCAUAAAAAUAUCCCACAAUAUUAAAAAAAAAAACCAUUUCAUGUAUUAGGAUAAUAAAUAAAUAAAAAAUAAUGAA